UCCAGUAUUAGCACUGGUCACAAGCCUUGUAGAUACAAGAAAGUUAGAAAGUCAUCUUCACUAAACCCUUUGAUACUGCAUUACUAUGCAGUUAAAUGGAUGUUUUGGAUUCAUUCUUUACUGGCUUAUUACUGACUGUCCUGCUAACACGGAGAGAGACACUGAAAUUUCCUUGUGAUUGAGGACGAGACCACCUUCAAGUGGCUCCAUAAAGUGGUGUGUGAAAGCAGCCUGCUCACAUCCUGGGUCAUACUGUCUCCAAUAGGAACUGGCACCCCCAGGAGGGACGUGUUCCCCCUCAUGUUGCAGAGGGGGUUGUUUCUGAAAGUGCCUGGCACCAGCAGAUGUCACACGUCGGUGUGUGCCUAAUGCGAGGCAUUCGGAGCCCGAUUCUUUCAGCUGCCUGAACUGAUUUCCAUCAGAGAUCAGCCAUGUGCAGUGACUAACUAACAAACGAGGAUCACUUGCGGUACUGUUUGAUUUUUAACUGACCCAUAAUUAACAGAUCCUUCGGGGGCUGAACCUCGUUCUCCCCAGUCACGGUGAGCUUCCUUUUCUCGGAGGUUUGUGUCUGCCCCCUGUUUGUUGCCUUGUGCAGCCGCUGUGAAAAAAGGAGCCACAAUACAGGCUGGCACCAUUCACUGAUGUUCUCGGCUCAUCUGCUGAACAAAGAGGAGUCUCUGCCUGACGGGGGAAAAUGGCAGUGGCAAACACAGUGUGGAACUGUUACGGUUACAGUGUCUCCUGGAGCCCGUGCGGAAAGAUACAGCAUCGCUAUUCCUGAGAGUAGAAGCAUCUGCAAAACCGAUGGGUGGCUCCCAAGUAACACCGCAUUCCCUAACGCGUAAAUUCUCCGUAUUUAACAACGCGACAUCCCUCCCAACAUCUCCAUCAGAGCGGGGCGCUCUGACCCUUCCCAGCAGCAGGUGGUCGGAACCAACAGGUUGUUCUGUGCGCGGUUACGCCAAUGGGGGUGAAGAGGCCGGCGGUACCGGCUCGGAGCGCUCACAAGGGGGCGGCACAGCGCGGCUCUCCCCGCUGCGCUCCGCAGGGGCCGGGCGGGCACCCGGCGGCACGGGACGCGCCUCCCGCCGGGCGGGGGCAGCCGCCGCUUCGCCGCGAGAACCGGCCGCACUCGGCCGAGGGACCCCGCGGAGCCGGGGCUCAGCCAUGGAUCCCGCCGCCUCCCGCCCCGCCGCCCCGCAGCGGGCGCUGCUCUCGUCCGCCGGCCGGGCGCUGCUGUGGCUCGGCCCCGUGUACCUGGCGGGGUACCUGGGGCUGAGCGGCAGCUGGCUGCUGCUGGGGCUGGCGCUGGCGCUGGGCUGGGAGCGCAACCGGCGGGGGAAGAGAGAGCGGCUGGCGGCCGCCUCGGUGCUGCUGGAGGACGAGAGGGAAGCGGUGCGGCGGGGCCUGGCCGCACGGCACCUGCCCGCAUGGGUCCAUUUCCCUGAUGUUGAGCGAGUGGAGUGGCUGAACAAGGUCCUUGAACAGGCUUGGCCAUACUUUGGGACAAUCAUGGAAAAAACAUUUAAAGAAGUUCUGGAACCAAAAAUAAGAGCAAAGAGUGUACAUCUGAAAACGUGCAGCUUUACCAAGAUCCAGUUUGGUGAGAAGUGCCCUAGAAUCAACGGGGUAAAAGUCUACACCAAAGAAAUUGACAGAAGACAAGUUAUCCUAGACCUGCAGAUAUGUUAUGUAGGAGACUGCGAGAUUCACAUGGACAUAUCAAAGUUCAAUCUUGGGGUGAAAGGUGUACAGCUGUAUGGGACUUUGCGAGUGAUCCUGGAGCCUCUUCUCACUGAUGCCCCUUUCAUUGGAGCAGUGACCUUGUUUUUUAUGCAGAAACCGCACUUGGAAUUCAACUGGGCAGGUAUGAGCAACCUCCUGGAUGUCCCAGGGAUUAAUGUAAUGUCAGACUCGCUGAUUCAAGAUUACAUUGCUGCACGGCUGGUUCUGCCAAACAGGAUCACGGUGCCUCUGAAGAAGAACAUGAGCAUUGCUCAGCUGAGGUUCCCUGUCCCACAUGGAGUAAUAAGGGUUCAUCUGCUAGAAGCUGAAAACCUCGUCCAGAAGGAUAAUUUCCUUGGUGCCAUCAGGGGGAAGUCUGACCCAUAUGCUCUCCUUCGGCUUGGCACAGUGCAGUAUCGAAGCAAGACAAUUUCCCGAGAUCUUAAUCCUGUCUGGAAUGAGACAUUUGAGUUUGUUGUUCAUGAAGUGCUUGGUCAGGACUUAGAAGUGGACUUGUAUGAUGCGGAUCCAGAUAAAGAUGACUUCAUGGGCAGCUUGCUCAUAAGUGUGCUGGAUAUAAAGAAUGACAAAACUGUUGAUGAGUGGUUUCCCUUAAGCAAGACAACAAGUGGACACUUGCACUUAAAGCUGGAGUGGCUUUCACUAGUAAAUGACCAGGAAAAGCUACAUGAAGAUAAGAAGGGCCUAUCUACAGCAAUUCUGAUAGUCUACUUGGACAGUGCUUUCAACCUUCCAAAGAACCACUUUGAGUAUUCAAAUGGUGAAUGUGGAGCAAAGAAGAUCAGAAAUAACAAGUACCUCAAGAAGACAGAACGAGAGCCUUCCUCCUUUGUCCUGCUCACAGUAGGAAGCAAGACUCAAAAAAGCAAGACCUGCAACUUCAACAAAGAUCCCAAGUGGGGCCAGGCUUUCACCUUCUUUGUCCACAGUGCUCAUUCCCAGUCACUGCAUGUUGAGAUAAAAGACAAGGAUCAAGACAGUUCUCUGGGAACAUCGGUGGUGUGUCUCUCCCACUUACUUAAGGACCCAAACAUGACUCUGGAUCAGAGAUUUCAGCUGGACCAUUCCAGUUCAGACAGCUUCAUUAAGAUUAAACUUGUGCUGCGGGCCUUGAAUGUUGAGGAACCUGAUCCACAGAGAGUCAAGGCUGGUGUCGGUGCCUUGAAGAAAGGUCCCGUGCAUGUCAUGGGGAAAGGUGGAAACCAGCAGGAGUUUCAAUCUCCACCAAAACCAGAAGUCUUGAAAGUACCUCCUGUGAGCAAAGACACUGAUGUGCGGGACCCUCAGCCAAAAAAAGACAGCUGUGAAGACCUGGACACAAGUAACAGUUCAGCAGUGCCUACAGCAAGUGAAACUGUUGCCAGCCUUGAUGAGACAGAGAGUGAGCAAGUCCCAGAGCAUCGCACGCAGUCAGCAUUGCAUACCAGGGCAGCAGUAGUGCCCACGUUGCCGGUCGUUGAGGAACUGAGGCUUGCACCCAGUGUUACUUCACUGGGUUCUCUGCCUUCUUCUUGCUUUGAACUCAGUAGCAGUAAUCUGGACCUUCAUAACGGGACGGAAAUGCCUCUGGGAGAGAUUCAGCUCACAGUGCGCUACGCUUCCAUACGGCAGAGCCUGGUUGUGCUGGUGAAUGGCUGCAGAAACUUAAUACCCUCUUCCAAUCGUGGAGUGGAUCCAUAUGUCCGUAUAUACUUGCUUCCAGAUAGAAGAUGGACAAGUAGGAAGAAGACUUCUGUUAAGAAAAAAACUCUGAACCCCCAGUAUGAUGAAAAGUUUGAAUUUUUUGAAUCUUUGGAAGAAGUGAAGAAAAGGACACUGGAUGUUGCAGUGAAAAACAGCAGGCCGUUCAUUUCACAGGAGAAAAAGGAGCUGGGGAAAGUGCGGAUUGAUUUGUCACAGGAGGAUUUAAUCAAGGGUUUUACACAGUGGUACGAGCUGACAAGAAGUAGACGCAAGAAAAAUUGAUUUCUUCUCGUGUACAUAAGUUACUAACUUUAAACUUUGUAUUGACUGUAUAUACCUCUUUUCUAAUGGAAGUGUUUUGAAACAUUCACUGCAAACUUGAAGCCAUCUGCUGCUCAGGACGUGUGCACGGAAUGAUCCUACUGACAGGAGUUCUCAGUGAAGUAAAACUGGGGAAAUAAUUUCUCUCUAGAUAACAAAUCAUUUAUUCCUGAUGGUGCAUCUCCUCCCCAAGAAUCCUUACAUAUGAAUGCGCUCUUAAGGAAGUGUUGGACCUGGAGAUAUUUUUAGAUGGCCAGCUAUGUGUGAUCACUUUCUUCUCAGUUUCGUUUCCCUAAGAGCCUAUUUGUGUUGUUUUAAAGAUAUCUGAAAGCAUUACUCUUCUAAAAGAAUCCAUUUUUAAACAGCGACUUUCAUCUGUAAGGCUACAGGACUCAUUCAAAUCAACUGUAAGACUAAUAGCAGUUCUUGAGAAACAAAGACAUUGAUAUUCUGCUUCUGAAAAGCAUUUAAGCAGAUUGUGGCUGCAGGUCUGCAUAUGAUGAGCUUCCAAAAGCAGGGAGAUUCGUUUGCCAGGAUGUCAUUAAGGUUUUAGUUUGUAAUGCCUUAACAUGUUCUGUUCUUUGUUACAACAUUUCAGCAUCUCAUAAGCCUUGAUAGUAAAUCAUUCUGCCUGAGGAACAGCAGAGUUUUGGACUAAGCUUUAUUAAUAUUGGAGCGAAAUAUACCAAAAUAUUUUUGGAAGCUUGGUGUACUUGUUUGUUUACAAUAAACUCUGACAUGUCUUGCUUAAGGAA